AUGUUAUUGCCCGAGUUCAAGGAGCAACUGCUGAGAGCUAGCAGAACUUCAGACAUGCCAGACCCCUAUGGCCAGAUAAAGAUAUUUGUGGACUUGUCUGCGGCAACGUUACAAUUCCGAAAGAAUUUGACACCCAUUACAUCCACGCUGCGGGAUCAAAACGUCGCAUACAGAUGGGGAUAUCCUGCUAAGCUUCUAGUCCAUCACAGAGAAGCCCUGCAUGCCAUCACAUCCUUGGAACUGGGAAUUACCAAAUUGAAAGACUAG